CUUUGAAUAUUGUGUGGUCGUUUACAUUCAUAGGCUGAUUUUGAAUGAAGCGCGUUAGUUAUUCUCCAGGAAUAGUGUGUAGGCGUUGUUUUCGUUUUUUGGAAUGUGUAUUCACAUAAACACAUGAAAAACAUUAACGUUAUAUUGUGUAUUACGUUGUCGUGUUUAAUGUGUUUUUAUUAGUCUUUUACGAGUUUUGCAAAACAUCUCUUUUAAAGAUCAGGAAGACUAACGUUUGUAAAAAUGAGUCGUGUUGGUAGAACCAGGCGCACACGCGUCUAUGACUGUAAUUAUAACAAAGGGGAGAGUUACUACCGACCCGUGCUGGACCGUCUGGACGGAAAAGUCCCCGUAGCCAAGGAACCUGAGAGGGAUCAAUUUAAAUCUGAUGUCGAAAACCGCAUCAGGACAGCCCUGGAUGACAUUGAUGCGCCAGCUGAUGACUUAUUUGACUCAAGAGGUGGCCGUGUACAGCGUGGACGACCUCUUUCGUCAGCUUUGGAAGACGACCUGACUGACGAUAUCACUGAAUCGCUGAAACGUCUCCGUGCAAGUAAGAAGGUAUCUCGUUUCUCCGAUGACAUUGAUUUUGAGAGCAACGUAUCAAACCUGGAAAAUCGCAUAAAAAGCAACUUUAUUACAGACAAGAUCCUUGAAAGCGUUGGUAUUGGCCAAAGCGAGGUAUCUAACGCAAGAAGAGCUCUGAAAGAGAAUGAAGAUCGCACAGAGAAACGCAUCGCGCGUAGAAUUAACGAAGAGAACUCACUCACUAAGUGGACAGCGUUGAAGGACGUAGACGAAGAAUCAGCUGCCGUACAAAGGGCCAAAGCCACAAGGGCGCGUCUAACUGAUCUAGAGGAUGAAAUGUCGGAACUGAGCGAGCGAACUGCGGCUAGAGAGAAACGUGCCGCUCGCCUUAGAGCCCUCGUCGCAGACACAGAAGCUGACACAACUGUAGCCGCUUCAAAAAUUACGAUCCGAGCUGAACGAGAGAAGAAACAAGUGACAUUUUAAGAGAAGUCAUAGCGGUCAUUCGUAGCGGUCAGAUCUUAGAAGACUUAAAGAUAAGCGAUUUUUUAUGCAUUUCUUAGGUUCAGCCGGUCUCUAUUAUAUAUACUAAAAAAAUAAAAAUAUACUUAU